CUGGCUCCUUUUAGGGUAGAUAAGUUGCCUCCUUAAAUUACUUUCACUUUCAUAUUGGUACUUCUUAUUGCUGAGGUUGCUUGCUUUUUGAUUUGUCCAAUCUUUAGUCUCUGAAGAAACUCUGGAAAGGCCAAGGGCAUUGGAGCAGAACACAAAAGUCUAAAGUUCCAGAGACAGAAAAAGAGGGUGAAAGGACUGCUGCCAAACUCAGGAGAGGAGUGAAGAGGACCAGGACUCCCACCUCUUUCACUGAAACUGAAUCCUUCCUGGCACUAACGGAUCUCUACUCCGGAUAAGGGAACACCACAAACAUGGCCUCAGAGACCCACGUGCCGGCCCCAGAGACCCACAUGCCGGCCCCAGUGUGCCUCAUUGAGAACACUAAAGGGCAACUGGUGGUUAAUCCAGAAGGCUUGAUGAUCCUGUCUGGCAUCCAGCAGCCCAUGGUGGUGGUGGCUAUCGUGGGCCUCUACCGCACGGGCAAAUCCUACCUGAUGAACAAGCUGGCUGGGAAGGACAAGGGCUUCUCUCUGGGCGCCACCGUGCAGUCUCACACCAAAGGAAUCUGGAUGUGGUGUGUGCCCCACCCCAGGAAGCCAGGACACAUCCUAGUUCUGCUUGAUACUGAGGGCCUGGGAGAUGUAGAGAAGGGAGACAAUCAGAAUGACUCCUGGAUCUUUGCCCUGGCCAUCCUCCUGAGCAGCACCUUCGUGUACAAUAGCAUGGGAACCAUCAACCAGCAGGCCAUGGACCAACUGCAUUACGUGACGGAGCUGACAAAUCGAAUCAGGUCAAAAUCAUCACCAGAUGACAGUAAGGUUGAAGACUCAGCUGACUUUGUGAGCUUCUUUCCAGCAUUCGUGUGGACUCUCAGAGAUUUCUCCCUGGAACUGGAAAUAGAUGGACAGCCUGUCACCGCUGAUGCGUACCUGGAGCGUUCGCUGCAGCUAAAACAAGGUAAUAAUCAAAAGAGUAAAAUCUUUAAUGAGCCUCGACUGUGUAUUCGAAAGUUUUUCCCUGAGAAGAAGUGCUUCAUUUUCGACCGUCCUGCUCACAGGAAGUACCUUACCCGCUUGGAGCAGCUAAAGGAGGACCAUCUGAACCCUGAAUUCCUAGAACAAGUUGCAGAAUUCUGUUCCUACAUCUUCAGCCAUGCCAAGGUCAAGACUCUGUCAGGUGGCAUCACAGUCAACGGGCCUCGUCUACAGAACCUGGUGCUGACCUACGUGGAUGCAAUCAGCAGUGGGGAUCUGCCCUGCAUGGAGAAUGCGGUGCUGGCCUUGGCCCAGAUAGAGAACUCGGCUGCAGUGCAAAAGGCCAUUGACUACUAUGAGCAGCAGAUGAGCCAGAAGGUGCAGCUGCCUACAGAGACCCUCCUGGAGCUGCUGGACCUACACAGGGACAUUGAGAGAGAGGCCAUUGAAAUCUUCAUGAAGCACUCUUUCAAGGAUGUGGACCAAACGUUCCAGAAGAAACUAGGGGCCCAGUUGGAUGUAAGGCGAGAUAACUUUUGUAAGCAGAAUUUGAAAGCAUCAGAAGAUUAUUGCACAGAAUUACUUGAGGAUAUUUUUGGUCCUCUAGAAGAGGAAGUGAAGCAGGGGGUGUUUUCUAAAGCAGGAGGUUACCAUCUCUUUAUUCAGAGGAAGCAUGAGCUACAGAAUAAGUACGACCAAGUUCCCAGAAAAGGAAUACAGGCAGAAGAGAUGCUAAGAAAAUAUUUAAAGUCCAAAGAGGAUGUGGCUGAUGCCCUUCUAGGGACUGAUAAGUCGCUCACAGAAAAGGAAAAAGAGAUUGAAGUGGAACGCAUAAAAGCUGAAUCCGCAGAAGCUGCAAAGAAGAUGUUGGAGGAAAUACAAAAGAAGAAUGAGCAGAUGAUGGAACAGAAAGAGAAGAGUUAUCAGGAGCAUGUGAGACAGUUGACUGAGAAGAUGGAGAGGGACAGGGCCCAGUUGCUGGCUGAGCAAGAGAAGAUAAUAGCUAUUAAACUUCAGGAGCAGGAACGACUUCUCAAGGAGGGAUUCCACAAUGAGAGCAACAAACUAAAAAGAGAGGUCCAGGAACUCCAAAGGAGAACAGCACCCAAGCCCUGCACCAUACUCUAAACAUGUCAGAAACAGAAUCUCCCUACCCAGCUUCCUCUCCCCAAGGAACAAAUUGAAUGAACAACUUCAGAAGGCCAAACAAUGGCUGUUAAACUUAUCUUGAAAUCAUGACAAUUGAAUUUGUUUUCCUUUUAAAAAUUUUACUAAUACAUAUGUUUGUACAUUUU